AUGGAGCAAUGCCGUGACCUGGACGCUGGAAGCGAGAUUCACGAAAAAGCGCUAUUUUUAGCAGCCGAGGAAGGUCAAGAGGCAAUUUUGCGGAAACUGCUAGACAGUGGUGUCAACGUGAAUGCUAGGGACGAAUGGGGUAGCACAGCGUUGGAUUUCGCAGUAUCGGUCGGACACGAAGAAACAGUACGGACGCUUUUGCGGAACGGAGCCAAGGUCGAUUCUACGGAUAGAUAUGACGAUUCCGCCUUGCAUUGGUCUGUCACAAAGGAGGAGAUCACACGGCUUUUGUUAGAAGGUGGCGCCUGUGUCCAAGCCGAAAAUGAUACUGGCCAGACUGCCCUUUGCUGGACUGCGCAAGGGGGAACCGUUCCAGUAGCGCGAUUGCUACUAGAACAUAAUGCCAACAUCAACUGGCAAGACAUGAAAGGAAGCACAGCGCUGCAUAAAGCAUCCCUGAGAGGCUCUGAUAGCAUGGUUCGAAUGUUGCUUGAAAACGGUGCCGAUGUCAAUUUGAAAGAGUGGACGACUGGACACCAUUACAUGCCGCCUGCGUUGGAGGUCAUGUGGAAGUUAUCCAGUUACUGUCCGAUAGAGUCAAUGGUGGAAACGUCGUGA